AUGAAUAAAUUUGGUCUGGACUCAGAUCAUAGUACUCUGUUAUGGGAAUUUUAUCUUUCUCCAUCAAGUCCGAAACCAUCUCAGAAAUCACAGAAUCCUCUUAAAAAGAUCAAGUCUUGGCCAGCCUACACCAAAAUAUUUUCAAAAUGCCUAAAAUCAUCAUCAGAACUAUUCUCAACAUUGUCAUGCGUGGAGCAAGGAGAAUUUAUAACACAUGAACUACAGGCAGCAGGUAUGUCAGCCUCUGCAGGAGAGCAAGGAGAUCAUUGCAAGAAACGCAGACAGUCACUGAAAAUGAAGAAACUACUCAAACAAAGCAAAACAAUUAAGAAAUCCUUGAAAAGACGACAAGUUAUGCCACCAGACACAAUUAAAAAACUACGUGCAGACAAGAUCGCGGUGGCCGAACUAAUCAGGGUACAAUCUUAUACUGAUAGUCUUAAUGCAAAACGCCGAAUUGAACAGAUAUUGAUGAAUAAGGGCAGAAAAGCUAGUCAACUUUUCUGGAAUCUCGUAAAUCGCAAACCUAAAAAACAUGCUUUCAUAGAGGCACUCGAAUCUCCUGAAGGAUUAACAACCGAUCACAACGGAAUGAAUGCUAUUAUAGAGGAGUUCUUUGAGAAGAAAUUCAAUACAUCCUUUACUACAGAAGAAGUUAGUUGGGAAGCGGUGUAUCUUGAUUCAAUUGGUAAACCUGGAAAAUUAUUCACGGAUGACACCUCAGAGCAGAUUAUGCGACCAACAACUUUGGAUGAACUUAACAAGAAUAUAGGGGAAUUAAAAUCAGGGGUUUAUAAUCAAUUAAAAUCAGAUAAAGUGGAAGGGCUGGAUGGCGUUACGAACGACAUGCUCAAAAACACAGACCAAGAAUCAAGGCUAAAGAUUAUUGAGAUGUUCAACAACAUUAUAGUAGGAGGACAGGUACCAGCCAGCUGGAAAGACGGAGACGUGGUACUGAUCUUAAAAAAACCACCACAAACCGACAUCAAUAAUUAUUGUCCAAUCACAUUGAUUAGUAAUCUUUCUAAAUUGCUAACUAAAAUUUUAGCUAAGCGCCUGGCAGAAGCAGUCCUAAAAGACUACGUAAUCGGCCCAGAGCAGGACGGAUUUAGAUCUGCAAGAACCUGUAGUGAUAACAUCUUCAUCCUCAACUCAAUUCUGGAAAUCAAUAAGAGUAAAAAGAAAUUAUCUCAUCUCCUCUGUGUGGAUCUAAAAGAAGCAUACGAUCGAGUGGACAGAAAUAUUCUUCUUGUGAAGCUCAAGCAACUGAAUGUAGGGGAUAAAUUCAUCAACUUCUUAACAAGCUAUUAUUUCCUUGACAAUAUCUCAACACAGUCAUCAGGACAGAGAACUCGGAAACAGUAUCAAAAACGGGGCCUCCGCCAGGGCUGUAAUCUGAGCAGUAUAUUGUUCAGAAUUUAUUUAUCAGAACUUAGCAACAGGAUGAGAGCGCAGGAUUUAGGAAUAAAGCUGGAGUCAGGGGAAGUAGUCUGCAUCCUCCUAUUCGCUGACGACAUCAUCCUAGUAGCUGAUUCAGUUGAAUCAUUGGAGAAGCUGAGGAAAAUCUUAGAACAGUGGUGCUUGGAUUUCAAGAUGAAAAUAUCAAUAUCCAAAACCAACGUCAUCACCUCCCUUGAAGAUUAUGAAUGCGCAAUUACAGACUCAGGAACUAUGGAGGAGGAAAUAAUUAAUCAUAUAGGUAAAUCCUUACUUGGUAUUCCCCGAUCAUCAGCAAACACAGUGAUCCAAGUAGAACUAGGUUGGAAGCCAGUCCGACUAUUGAUAGAACUAAACAAACUACGCUUCUUUCAUAGAGUAAACAAUCCGGACUUAGCGGGAAGUUCUCUGGUUAAAUCUUGCUUUGAAUGGAAUAUAAGGAAUCCCCAUACAUUAUACUACACCAAUCUCAUGUCAGUUCUGUGUAAAUACGCUGCAACCCCACUUAUCCUGAAGGGGGUCACCCCUAAACAAUUACAUCAGUACCAUGAACAGAAAGUGAUCGGAGAUAUCCAGGAACUAGUCACGCUGAAACUGAUGCCUCUGCCAAGGAAAUGGUGGAAAAUACAACCUCAUGUAGAGGAAUCCAGGUGGUCGAGAACUUUGAUUAAAUUCAGAUGCAUGAAUUCAGGGUUAGGAAACAGGGACUCGUACAUAACAGCAGACUCAAUAUUUCAGGAUGGUGGAAGGGUACUGCAAUGCCCUCUGUCCUUUCUAGGAGACAACAACGAAUUUCACCUAUUGGUGUCUUGCAAACAGAUGGAAAAACACAGACAAAGUAUAAGCCUGAGGACAGGGCAGACACUCCAAUCCUUCAUCACAGAACAGCAAGCAUCAGGGCAUGACGAUCUUCAGGCAGUCAGAAUACUGCUGGGUCAAGGAGCACAAAUCAAGAAAAUGGACCUGUUCGAUAGAGGGCUAGCCUUAGACAUCCUGUUAGAUAAAUUCUUCCUGGAAUGGUCCAAUGUGUCAGGAAGACUGAUCAGUAGAACCUCCCAGACACAACAAUAG